AAAAGGAGAAAAACCAAAAAAAAAAACAAAAAAACAAAAAAACAAAAAAAUGGCAAGAGUUUCACUAGGGAUAUGUCUGAUGUUAGUAGUAGCAUCAAGUGUGAUCUAUGAAGCAGAAGGAACAUUCUUAUUAAAACUUUACAUAAGGAAGAACUUCCCGAAACAAUGCAACGAGUUUACGCCUUACGCUAACAAAGGUAUGUUGUCGUUCGUGACCAACCUGGAAGGUAACUGUCCGGCAACCGCAGAGUUCAAGAACUUUUUUACACAGUUCAAGUCUUACAUGUCCUUCAUCGAAACUGCAUCGGCCUCAUCGAAAAACGUUGACACCGAGAUGACAACCAAAUGUAAUGGGCUCUUCAAGGCUAUGUCUGCAAUAAGCAGCGGUAAAGGCGAAAAAUCAGCUGAUGCUGGUGGUUUGAAAGCUACCAUGUUGGCAAUGGGAAAAACUUUGGUUGAGCAGAAGAAGAAUACAAAGAUAAUGACAUUGAAGCAAAAGAAAGAGCUGAUCGUUUCUAUGGUGAAAUGGACUAACAUGCUCGCUACAUUCGUGAAGUCGGCCUCCGAGAAGAAAGGAAAGUCCAUCGAUAUUGGAUCAUAUGGCCUUGAUGUCGAUGUUAACGACAGUUCUAUUGUUGGAAACACCGAAAGUAGUUCAGCCUCAUCAACUAAAGCUGGAAGUGUUUCUACCAAGACAAAAGAAUCGAGCAGUGGUGGAAGUUCUGCUGCAUCCAAGACAAAAGAAUCGAGCGGUGGAAGUUCCAGUGGAGCUAACAAAGACACUACAGGUAAAGAUUCAGGUAGUCCGAGUGAAACCCCCACGGCCAAACCUUCUGACUCAGAAUCUGCUGGUGGUAAAUCCGCUUUGAAAGGAAGUGAAAGUGCUACAGAAGACGCAAAUGCUAAAGGAAGUAUAAGUGGCAAAAGUUCAUAUAAGAGCUCAAAGACAUCAAGCGAAAGGCGAUCCAAAUCAUCGAGCCAAAGCUCAUAUAAGAGCUCAUCCAGCAUAUCAGUGAAACAAGUUGAAAGUGAGACUUCCAAAGAAGUAAUGUCAUUCAUAACGCAACUCGAGAAGAAGUAUUCCGCGAAGACGGAACUCAAGGUUUUCUUCGAGAAACUGAAGGCUUCCAUGCAAGCUUCCUCAAGCAUUGCUUCCAAAACCUCAAAGGACUAUGUCUCUGCCACAGCAGCAGCCACCGGUAAACUAUCUGAAGCCAUGGCUUUAGUGGGUUCAAAGAAUGUCAAAUCAGCAAAGAUGAAGAGCAACAUGGAAACCAGCAAAGAUGAAAUGAUGAAGUGUCUCAAACAAAUACAAGAUAUCAACAGCAAAAUAGUGAGUGGCAAGACAGCGUCAUCGACACAACAAUCAGAGCUCAAGCAAACAAUCACAAAGUGGGAAAAAGUCACCACCCAAUUUGUGGAGACUGCUGCUUCUUCAAGUUCGUCUUCAUCCUCAUCUUCUUCUGCAUCUCAGCAGCAAGGCAGUGCAAGGAUGGUCGAGAACAAUUGAGUUCAAAGGCAAAAGUUGCAUUAAUGUGCCAAAAGAUCACCAAGAAAGACAAAACCAGUAAUGCCAAAUAUUAUAAUAAGUAGCUAAUUACUAUUAGAUCAUUUAUAUAUAUAUUUUUUUGCUGUAAAUAAAACUAAAAGAUCGGUAUAAACCGAUAUAUGCAAGUACUAACUCUGUAAAAAAGAAAAAACAAAGAUAGACUGUAACCGCGUUGUAUGGGUAACAUACAAAAGUGAGUGAUAUACCUAUAAAAGGGAUUUUGAAUUUA